UUGACAGCGAGAAUAUUUUGUCGAACAAGAUUUUGGGUUUUUUCGGUUGUUUAAUUCGUAAAUAUUUUAUGCAAAUAUAAGAAUUAAAUAAAAAUAGUUGGAAAUUCCAAAAUGAUGACGAUUAAUGAAAAAGACGAUCCACAAGCUGAAAGGAUUCGAAAGAUGUUCAGCUGGAGUAGUGGACUAUCAAGUGAUUCACCUGGUGGUUUGGUUAACACAAAUUCCACCACAAUGCAAAACGUGGAAGUUGCCAUGGAAAAUAGUAAUACCACUAUGACACCUAGUCCUGUAUUAGUAACACCAGGUAUUAAUAAUCAAGCAUGGAAUCGUCAACAAGCUGUUAGUGUUAGACAUGCAUUUAAAAAUUAUGGUAGUACAAAAAAUCCAAAUCAUGUUAUACAAAAUCUCAGUAUGACUGUUGCAAAAGGAUCAAUAUAUGGACUUUUGGGUGCUAGUGGAUGUGGAAAAACAACAUUAUUAUCAUGUAUUGUUGGAAGAAGAAGAUUAAAUUCUGGUGAAAUAUGGGUACUUGGUGGUAAACCAGGUACAAAAGGUUCUGGUGUACCUGGUAAAAGAGUUGGUUAUAUGCCACAAGAAAUAGCACUCUAUGGAGAAUUUACAAUACGUGAAACAAUGAUGUAUUUUGGUUGGAUAUUUGGUAUGUGUACACCAGAAAUUGUUGAUAGACUCAAAUUUUUAUUACAAUUUUUGGAUUUACCAUCACAAAAUCGACAAGUUAAAAAUCUCAGUGGAGGACAACAGAGACGUGUAUCAUUUGCUGUUGCACUUAUGCAUGAUCCAGAACUUCUUAUCCUUGAUGAACCAACUGUUGGUGUUGAUCCAUUACUCAGACAAAGUAUAUGGAAUCAUCUUGUACAAAUAACAAAAGAUGGAAAUAAAACAGUUAUAAUAACAACUCAUUAUAUUGAAGAAGCAAGACAAGCACAUACAAUUGGUUUAAUGAGAAGUGGUAGAUUACUUGCUGAAGAAUCACCAAGGGCACUAUUAACAAUGUACAAUUGUCCAUCAUUGGAAGAUGUUUUUUUAAAAUUAUCAAGAAAACAAGGACAAAAUGCAUUACCACCAACUGAACUUAAUAUAACAAAUAAUAUUAGUUUAGCAUCACUUAAUUGGGGUAAAAAAGAUGAGCCAGUAUAUGUUACUGAAGAAUCUGGUGUUGUUGGUCUUAAUUUUCAUCAAAGUAAAGAAGUAUUAAUUCAUGAUACAACAAAUGGUGUUGGUAGUCAUUAUGAUUUAAAUGGUAAACCAAUUGGUAUACCUAAAAAUGAGCCAAAUGUUGAUUGUAAUGAUUGUAAUUUAACUGAUUGUUUAUUUAAUUUUACAAGUUCUGGUAAAAUUAAAGCUUUAUUACAAAAAAAUUUUUUACGUAUGUGGAGAAAUGUUGGUGUUAUGUUAUUUAUAUUUGCAUUACCAGUUAUGCAAGUUAUAUUAUUUUGUCUUGCAAUUGGAAGAGAUCCAACGGGUUUAAAACUUGCUAUUGUUAAUCAUGAAAUUGGAUGGGAAGAUCAUUCAUGUCCAUUUAUAAAUAAUUGUACAUUUACUAAUUUGAGUUGUCGUUAUUUAUCACAUCUUGAUAAUACAUCAAUGAUACAAGAAUAUUAUGAAACACCUGAAUUAGCAACUGAAGCUGUUAGAAGAGGUAAAGCAUGGGGUGCAUUAUAUUUUACUAAUAAUUUUACUGAAUCACUUGUUGCUAGAAUGGCACUUGGUCGUGAAACUGAUGAAGAUACACUUGAUCAAAGUGAAAUACGUGUAUGGCUUGAUAUGUCAAAUCAACAAAUUGGUCUUAUGUUAUCAAGAAAUUUACAAUAUUCAUAUCGUGAUUUUGCCAAAAAUUUAUUAACAAGCUGUGAACAAAAUCCAAAAUUAGCUGAUGUACCAAUACAAUUUUUAAAUCCAAUUUAUGGCUCAAAUGAUCCAAGUUUUACUGAUUUUGUUGCACCAGGUGUUAUAUUGACAAUUGUAUUUUUUUUGGCUGUUGCAUUAACAUCAUCAGCAUUGAUUAUUGAAAGAAUGGAAGGUUUACUUGAUAGAAGUUGGGUUGCUGGUGUAUCACCUGGUGAAAUAUUAUUUUCACAUGUUGUUACACAAUUUGUUGUUAUGUGUGGACAAACAGCACUUGUAUUAAUAUUCAUGAUACUUGUAUUUGGUGUACAAUGUAAUGGUGAUAUUGGCUGGGUUAUAUUGAUAACAAUACUUCAGGGUCUUUGCGGCAUGUGUUUCGGAUUUGUGAUAUCAGCUAUUUGUGAACUUGAAAGAAAUGCCAUUCAACUUGCAUUGGGAAGUUUUUAUCCAACACUUUUACUCAGUGGUGUCAUUUGGCCAGUUGAAGGUAUGCCAACAGUUUUACGAUAUGUGUCUCAUGGUUUACCAUUGACAAUGGCAACAACAGCACUACGUUCAAUGUUAACACGUGGUUGGUCAAUAACAGAGCCUGAUGUUUACAAAGGUUUUGUCUCAACAAUCACAUGGAUAGCUGUGUUUUUGACAAUAAGCAUGUUGGUACUAAAAUUCAAACGUGGUUAAAAAAUUAUAUAUAUCAUUGUCAUAUUGACAAUAAUCAUGUACAGAAAUUAUAGAUAAAGAUUAUUAUUUUUUUUUUAAUUAAUUAAAGAAAAAAGUAAAUAAAAUAGAGUAACAAAAAAAAAUUAAUUAAAUUCUAAAAUGAAUUUAUUAAUCAUGGUAAUGAAGAAUUAUAUUUUUGCUGUUGAUUUUUUUUUUGUAAAUCAUCAGACAAAAUGAAAAAUCAUGUGAUUUUGAAAAUAUAUUGUUUUUUUUUUUUUUUAAAUAGUAUGUGUUCAAUGUGAAAAGGUUUUCGAAAAAAAAAAUAUAAUAAUUUGGUUU